CCUCGGCCAGAGCCGGCUCCAGGACCCCCCGCCUUCUGCGGCCCCGGAGCUGGGGACCAGGGGUGCGCCUUUUCCUUUGGGGGGAUGAGGAGGACAGAGCGUUGCCUAUCCGUUUCUUUGUUUCGGGGAAAUCUCUGCAGCCCCGGAGUGUUACCUGAACUCCUUCUACUUCUUGGUUCUCUCCCGAGGUGGGGAGAAACUGGAAACUCGCUGUAGAUUCCGGGAGCGAUAGGCCGGCGCGGCGGGGACGGCGGGGACAGGGCCCCCGGGCGAGGCGCGAACGGCUCGGCCGUUCCGGGGAGGGACUGGCCCACAGCCCGGAUCAGAGCCGGGCCGCCCGGGCACCGGGGUCCGCAGGAAGCCGCCGGGGAGGAGCGCUCCUGGCCCCGGCCGCGCGCUCCCUGCCGGGGACAAGGACGGGGCCGCCCCGGCGCUCCGGUCCACCGCACGCCGUCAGGCCCGGACCUGGACAGUGGCUGCGGGGCUCAGCGCACCGGCCUGGCCGUGGACAGGCGUCCUGCCCGUGGCCCCACGUGCUCUGCGGAAGAAUUGCCUUAUGGCCCCAAAGUUCGUGCGUCCACACCCCAGAGGGCAUUUGCCAGCCCAGAGCCCUGAGCGGUGUUGAAGCGGUCACCCCCACCCAAGGGCACAGCCGGGUGGCCUGGAAUCCCAAAGCCGGAAUCCCUUUCCAACGCACAGGGGAGGCGGGGAGCAGUCAAGAGGAAUCCUAGUGGCUUAUUUGGGAGGGAAAUGAUAGCUGGGAGGCGCAGGUCCACCCGGUGGGCAGGCAUCACCAGGGGCUCGGCCCUGACACCUCGGACCCCUAGAUUCCAACUGGCGCAGCAGUUCCGGGGCUAAGAUGGGCACACCCAGGGGGGCGCUGGCCUUUGUGCUCCUGGCCUAGCAGCUACAGAGCCUCACCCGGGUCAUGGAAACUUACAAAGGCCGCCUGGAGGGAGUUUUAAGGUGUUCAGGAACCCUGAAGUGAGGGUUGUUGACUUAGCCUGGGAGGUGGGGGGAGGUUCUCCCGGAAGCGAGGCCGGUGCCAGCCUCCCCUGAAGGCCGGUAGGGGCUGGGAACGGGGACAAAGAUUACCCAGGCCCAGGAACCUGGGGACGCAGGCUCUCAGGCUGCCGCUGCUGGGUCGUCUUGAACGUUCCGGAUCUGUACCAUUACCUGAUGCUGCUGAUAAACUCAGGAUGGCUUUAAACUCAGGGCCCCCGCCAGGUGUCGGACCUUUCUACGAAAACCAUGGAUACCAGCCUGAAGGCCUGUACCCCCCGCGGCCCGCCGUGGUCCCCGGCGCCUACUCGGUGUAUCCGGCUCCCUACUACCCACCCGCAGUGCCCCAGUACGCGCCGAGGGUGCUGACGCACGCUUCCACGCCCAGCAGCCACACGCAGCCCAAGUCCCCGUCGGGGACAGUGUGCACCUCAAAGGCGAAGAAAGUGCUGUGUAUCACCUUCACCCUGGGGGCCGUCCUGGCGGGAGCCGUGCUGGCCGCCGUCCUGCUCUGGAAGUUCAUGGAGAACAAGUGCUUGGUGUCCGGGAUCGAGUGCGGGUCCUCGGGAACCUGCGUCAGCCCCUCUCACUGGUGUGACGGGGUCCUGCACUGCCCCAGCGGGGAGGACGAGAACCGAUGCGUGCGCCUCUACGGACCGAACUUCAUCCUCCAGGUGUAUUCGUCCCAGAGGAAGUCGUGGCACCCCGUGUGUCAGGAUGACUGGAGCGAGGGCUACGGAAGGGCCGCGUGCCAGGACAUGGGCUACCGGAAUAGUUUCUAUUCUAGCCACGGAGUAGCGGAUGACAGUGGGGCCACCAGCUUUAUGAGGGUGAACACAAGUGCUAACCAUAUGGAUCUCUAUAAGAAACUGUACCACAGUGAUGUCUGUUCGUCAAAAACGGUGGUUUCUUUACGCUGUAUAGAGUGCGGGGUCACCGCGAAGAUGGGCCGCCAGAGCCGCAUUGUGGGCGGGAGCAGCGCCGCCCCGGGGGACUGGCCGUGGCAGGCCAGUCUGCACGUCCAGGGCGUCCACGUCUGCGGAGGCUCCAUCAUCAGCCCCGAGUGGAUCGUGACGGCCGCCCACUGUGUGGAGGAACCACUGAACAACCCACGGCACUGGACGGCCUUCGUGGGAAUUUUGAAGCAAUCUUUCAUGUUCUAUGGACACGGGUACCGAGUGGGAAAAGUGAUCUCCCACCCGAACUAUGAUUCCAAGACCAAGAACAAUGACAUCGCUCUUAUGAAGUUGCAGACGCCUCUGACUUUUGAUGACAAAGUGAAGCCGGUGUGCCUGCCCAACCCAGGCUUGAUGCUCGAGCCGGAACAGCCGUGUUGGAUUUCCGGGUGGGGGGCCACCCACGAGAAAGGGAAAACCUCGGACGAGCUGAACGCCGUCAUGGUGCCCCUCAUCGAGCCCUGGCGUUGCAACAGCAAGUAUGUCUACAACAACCUGGUCACGCCGGCCAUGAUCUGCGCGGGCUACCUGCAGGGGACCAUCGACUCCUGCCAGGGUGACAGUGGAGGCCCCCUGGUCACUAUGAAGAGUCACAUCUGGUGGCUGAUUGGGGACACGAGCUGGGGAUCAGGCUGUGCCAAAGCCAACAGACCAGGCGUGUAUGGAAAUGUGACCGUAUUUACGGACUGGAUUUAUCGACAAAUGAGGGCAAACGGCUAAUCCGCGUGGCCUUUGUCCUCGACACCGUUCCACAAGAAGAUGAAGGGGCUGAGUUUUAACUCCCCGUGCGUGAUGUGCUGUAUUUUUAGAAAUGAUUCGAAGGUCCUUUCGUUGUUAUUAAAUAGUGUAUUUGUCUGUCUUCGGCACUCUCCAUAGUUCUGUGCAGGCCACAGGCCCACGCUCCUGGACGCCUGGUCUGCAAGGCGUGACCAGGCCCAGCGGGGUGUGGGCGCCCAGGGCCACCGCAGGGCAGAGGGAUAGAGGCCGCCCGGUGGGGUCUUCCUUCUAAGCCCACUCGGGGGGCCGAUGCACCUUUUGGAUGCGCCUGGGGCUGGUGACUUCUCAGCUGCUGGACGGCUUGAGACAGAAAGGGAAGAAAGCCGGGUGGGACUUUCAGGGUCAGCCUGCUGGGGUCAUUGCUAGGGAGGGCCAGUCUUCCCCCACCCCCUCGGGGGUUUUCGCUGAUCAUUUUUUAGUGCCUUCUUAGCAGCCCUGGAUGGUGGCUGAAAAUAAAGGGACCAGCCCUUCACGGGUCAAGAUGUAAAGGCAGCAAGAACCUUCUCUCCCGCUCAACAGGGUGAGAGUGUAGACAGACCCCUCGGGGCAAGGGAAGUCCUUGCAAACGCAGACGCCACUGUAUUUGGGGCUGGGCGCCCCCGGGGAGAGCCAGCCCCACUCCCCCACCCUCUUCCCUUCAGAUUGUGGGGUGCGGGGGAGUGGGGUGCUGUGCUGACCCUCUUGGGGCCUGCUGAUUACACGGAAAUUGAGGUCACCCCCUGGGAGGGGGGGCGGGAAUCAGGGAUGUGUGAUUAAAGAUACACUGUUUCCAUGUAAAGUUCCUACGUGUUACUACCUCAGUGCUCCGGGAGUCUUGGCUGUGAUGUCUCUAAGUAGUUGCUACAUUGGCUCUUUGACACUCUUGGCCUUGCCAAGUGGGCCGCGCGCGGGGGACUUGAGGCGCUUUCCAAAGUGUUCUGUGCCGGGGGUGUGGCUUGUGCUGGCCACAGAGAGGAGAACCUGUGGCCCCUUCCAGCCCCUCAGGCUUCCCCGGGAGGGAGGGAAGGGCUGGGGUUGAAUUGCCGAGUGUGGAGCCUAAUGGCCUCUGCGCUGAGUCCUGCUUUUGGGGGGGGGGGGUGCUGCCUCCUCUCAAGCGCACUGGUUUCCAAGAAGGAAAUGAAGGAUCCCACCACCUAGGGCUUAGCCCGGAGGGCUAGGGCUUAACCUUGAAGCGGGAGGCGGUGGCGGCCCCACUCCCCGGAUGGAUGCUUCCGUUCCGCGUGACCCGCCACACCGCGAGGGGCCCGCUCCCCGAGCCGGAUCUUAAAAUGCAUUGUCGUGGCGAGAACGUGUUGCGUCCCUGGCUUCUUUUUAUGUGACGCCUGUUUGUCCUCUGUUUUGUACCUUUUUUAAACUGUAAAAUUCAAUUGUGAAAUACUGUACAAAUAAAUUAUACAUUUGUUUUCCAAGGA